GUGUCUAAAAACAAAUGAACCCAGAAAGUCAUCAGAAUCAGUUUUAUUAGCAAAGUUUGCAGCAUACAAAGACUGUCUUGGCUUUUGUUUGCACAAGUGUAACAGAAGAAUGAAAAUAGAACAAAAGUAAGGUAAUAAUAAUAAAAGCAAAGUAAUAUUAACAUUGAAUUAAACAUUUUAAACCUGGGGGUGAGACAGUAGAGAGGGGGAAGUACAACAUUGAUUGUAGUUACAGGAAGAAAGAGACUUUACUGUCAGGUAUCCCCCUCCCCCAGACCGACGAAAUCACUGACGUCAAAUCACUGACAUCUGUAGUCAAAAAGGAAGUAAGGUCAUAUUUAAAUUAGGCCAGCCCUCAUCCUGUCUGCACUGCCAAGUGUCAAGUCAGGAUGUCAUUUGCAAACAAUGCUAGAAUGAUGAAGGUUUUGUCAUCUGUCUACCUUCAAGGUGGGUGUUUGUGCCUCUGCAUGACCUGAUUUGUGAGUUACACCCAAUCGGAUGGCAAAAAGGAAGGAGGAGCCACUGGGCUGCUGCAAGUAGUUUCACAAUCACUCACUUUUUUUUAACAGCAGAGGUGAACUUGACAAGUGGAGGAACAGCUGCUCGUGUGUGUGUGAGAUGUAUUUCUGUUCAGACAUGUCUUCUUCAAGCCUGUUGAUUUUACUUCUGUGUGCACCCAUCAUGGGUCAGAUACCUGUCCCUCUCAAUGCCACUGUCGGAGAGUCCGUCCUGAUUCCUUGUUCACUACCACUGAAUUCAACAAGCAUCAAAUGGUUUUACUGGCAGCAGGAGCAAUCUAACAACAUUUUGUUCCACUGGCACAUCAGUGAGAAAACACAGACAACAGCCUCUGAAUACAGGAACAGGUGUCAAGGCUUCAAUACUGAGUUUAGUUCUGGAAAUAUUUCUAUUAGACUAAACAAUGUUAGUGUUGGAGAUGACCAGAAAACAUUCUCGGCCUGUGUUGGUUUUGAUUCUACUAAAGGGCUUGAACGUCAGUGCAAAUCCUCUUUGCAGGUCUCAGCUCCCUACCAAGAUCUUGUCCUGACCAUUAACAACACAUUAAACAGUGCAACCUGUACGGCACAUGGAGGAUACCCUGAACCUGAAGUGAAAUGGACUGGUCAAAACAAAUUCAGCGGUGAACAACUGAAACUGAAGGAUGCUCAGACGUCCCAUCAGCAGCAUCCAACCAAGAAAACCUUCUCUGUCACAAGCACCGUCAGUGUCAAAGAGCUGCAGUCUGUAACCUGCCUCGUGUAUAACCCUCACUCCAACCAGCAGAUUAAGAACACUGCAGUGAUUGAUGCUCCUGGUGAGUGAUACAGAUACAGAUAAAUAAAGAUAAUAAGAUGCUUCCCUGAUGGUAUUGCAUUAUGGAUAAGAAUCUAAACAUCUAAAGUGCCCAAAACUUUUGCACAGUACUGUAAUUCUAGUAAAUACAAUUCACCAUUAAUAAACUAUAAUGAAACUUACUUUAAAUAAACUAUAAGCAGUUUCAGUUGUUUGAUUUCUGUAUUACAUAAGUAACUGAAGA